AUGGCAGGUCAUACAUUGAGACGAUGUAUGGGCCCAUUGACCCGCGAUGGGACUAUUCCGGGUUGUCCACUCUGUGACACAGUCGAUCAUGAAUUGAGGACCUGUCCAGAUCUACACAAGUGGACUCGCAGACAGGCGUGGAAUUAUUUGGUCAAGUUUCGCCAAGGCCGACCCUCUUUCAACAUCCCAUGGUUACUCUGGGAGCUGGCUCCAAGCUUCGAGAUCUUCCUAAAUGCAGCUACUGAUGCUAAGCUGCCACAGUCUGGGAAGUUUGCUGCUGGACGCUUCGAUGCGCUAGGCGUUCAACAGUUCGACAAUGUUACUCCUGAUCCUAGCUGGAUGACUCUCAUGAGACCAUGGAAUACUGAUUGGAUGCAGCCCCAGGCAUGGCACCAAAACUUCGGAAACUUUUCGAUGCGGUCCGGCGAAUCCCCUCUCUCGGUUCAACAGAGUUUUGGCGAGAAGGGAGCUCUGACUCUUCCUCGCAAGCUAGCUAAGCAGAAUGAGGCCAGCUUGAAUGUUAGGCCUGGAUCUGAAGUCGCCAGUGACUCCAUCUCCCAAGUGAGAACGGUUGGUAGUAGUUCUCGCGUUGGAAAUCGCGAUGGAAUCGUGGUGGUUCUGGCGUUGGAAAGCGUGGUGGAAAUCGUGGUGGAAAUCACGGUGGUGCUCAAAGUGGCUCAAUGUCACAGGCACCUGUCUUUUAUCCCCCACCACAGGCACCUGUCUCAUAUGGUCUUCCCAUGCAAGCUGGUAGUCAGUUAGGCUAUUCCCCGCCACUGGUACCUGUCUCGUAUGGUCCUCCCAUGCAAGCUGGUAGUCAGUUAGGCUAUCCCCCGCCAUAGGCACCUGUCGCGUAUGGUGAGUCCAUGCAAGCUGGUAGUCAGUUAGGCCAUUACCAACAACAGGCACCUGUCGCGUAUGGUGAGUCCAUGCAAGCUGGUAGUCAGUUUAUCCCGCAACAGGCACCUGUCCCGUUUGGUAAUCCCACACAGGCUGAUAGUCAGGCUGGCGUUUUUAUAAGGUUUGGGGGGGUUUAG